UACACAAAUGCUAGACAUCCUAAUGGUGCAUGGGUAAAGAUGACCAGUUUGAUAAAGGAUUACCCGACAGUUAAAUGUAAUGAUGGUAAAGAGUAUUUACGAAUUAGAUUCACAGAUCAUAGUAAGCGAAGAUCCGUUAUCCAAGCCAUUCACCAAGAUAAAUUCAAGUCAUAUAUGAUCUGUGAAGACUCACUUAGUGGUAAAUAUAGACAAUUUAUCGCUCGUAGUCAAAUAUACAUGAAUAGGAAAGAAGACUAUUUCCAUGUUUCAGGUUUCUUUAUACUUAAGGACGAAAUGCAUUACGUGUAUUUGAUCUGGAAACGACAUUUCAAUUAUGAAUUUAAAAAAAAAGAUAUGGUUGGACGUGGUAGUACCCCAUUUGACCGUGCAUACAUAAACGUUAGUGUUUUUACCCAAGGUAAUGAUCCCGUGCCACUGGGAGUGAUUUGCCUACUCGACACCGAAACUAAUACACCACUUCGAUAUGAAUCGGAAGAGAAAAUCAAGGAAAGAAUAUGGAAGAUGGUGAACGACAUAACAAAGUUUCAAAAAGUUGACCCUGAGACUAUAAAGACCAUGGUAAAUUUUUCUGAAAAAAAAUAUGAGGAAAUGGUCAAAGAUGAACAUGAGGCAAUUC